AUGUCUACAGAAGCAAAGAAUAGCCAAGACAGGUCUAGAGCAACGUCUCUGUCGGAGAGCACGCCUUCUGCGGUGGAUUCCAGAAGACGUAAGAGCUCGCUCAGCGUGAUCACCUCGAAUUUGGGCCCACCAAAGGAGGCAAUCGAAUCCGCGUUAGGCACAACACAGGCUCAUCGACGCUCGCACUCUGUCAACUCGCCGCUGCACGCGCGCAGUGCUCAGGGACUCGGAUCUCCUUCACCCGGCCAGGACUCGUUUAACCUGGAUUCUCUGGCCUCCCCCACACUAAUGAGCUCAGGUAACUCAAGCUCCGGAGGCAGACUGAACCAUUUUGCCCGUCAAGACCCGCAAAGCCUUGGUGACACGCCUGUUUCUCCUUCACGCAGUUUCUGGUUCAAUAUAAAGAGAGCGUAUCCUCACCUGGGCAUCACGAUGAUGUCUAUCAUCAGCUGGUACGGAUUCUCGCUUAGUAUUUCACUAUACAACAGAUGGAUGUUUUCGAACAAGAAUCUGGACUUUUCGUUCCCCAUCAUUAUCACAUCGUUCCACCAGUGCAUCCUGUUUCUGUUAAGUAUGCUCACACUGGCCAUGAUUCCGCGUUUUAGACUCAAUUAUCACUUCCAAACACAGUACGCCAGCGAGGCAGAGCAUUUGAUUUCCGACAAUGCGAACUCCAGCGACGAGCUCAACGAGCUCCUGGAGACGAAAAAGCCCGAACAGCUCGAUUACAGAAUGCCAAUCAGGGAGUAUCUGACUAAGAUACUUCCCUGCUCCGUGGCCUCGGCCGGAGAUAUAGGUCUUGGCAACACGGCUUUUCGGUUUAUCUCUCUUUCGCUUUAUACCAUGAUCAAGACGUCGUCGCUUGUGUUUGUGCUCCUGUGGGGUGUUCUGUUCAAACUCGAGAGAAUGACCUGGAGAAUCGUAUCGAUUGUGCUCAUCAUGACCAUCGGAGUCAUCAUGAUGGUCUGGGGCCAACACGAGGACGAUUCCGAGCCUACUCCUAUUCCAGACACGCCUGCUGCUGGUCAGAUUGUGGCAGAUCCGGAUGAGGACAUGACAUCGAAGAUUAUGCGCAGAUUGCUUAGCAGAGAGACCAAAGCUGCACACUUGAUUUUUCUUGGCUCCAUUCUUGUUUUGGGAUCGGCGUGCAUGUCUGGUUUAAGAUGGGCGCUCACGCAAAUUAUGCUGAAACGAAAUCCACGAACAACUAACCCGAUUCUCACGAUCUUGUACCUCUCUCCAGCAAUGAGUGUAGUGCUGUUGAUCAUGGGCUCUUUGGUUGAAGGACUAAGGUCCUUUACCAGAAGUCCGAUCUGGGAGGAGAAAGGAUUCGGUCUGACCUGCUUAUUGAUUCUGAUCCCAGGACUACUAGCAUUUUUCAUGACUCUAUCGGAAUUUGUGCUGCUUCAGUACGCCUCGCUUUUAACGCUUUCCAUUGCUGGAAUUUUCAAGGAGCUGCUUACCAUAUUCACCUCAUGGCUCCUGUUUGGCGACAAGCUCACCUUUAUCAACCUCGUGGGGUUGGCCAUCACCCUUGCAGAUAUCGUGUGGUACAAUUUCUACCGGUUCGACGAAAUCCAAAACGAAACCAACGCUAAAAAUAAAGUCACGCCGUCACCCUCGUUUGAUGUUUUAGAGCGCGGGAGACAAAGCAGGGACAUUGAGCUCAACGAACUCCGGGAAUAA